AUGGAGAUGCAACCUGAAACAACGACAAAUUUAGAACGAAACCAUUCUACUUCAAAUCCUGUGAGUUCAGAUGUUAUCUCUCUUACUGAUAGUAGAAGAGAUUCAAUCAAUAAUGAUCCCAUCGAAAGAAAGAACUAUGAGAAGACAUUCACACCGAAAAAGAAAGUUGUUUUGAUAUUCGUGAUAUAUGUUUGUACAGUUAUGACGAUUGGCAUCUUAGUCGUAUGUUUAACAUAUGAAAAGCCAGUGACGACGUGUAAACAUAUCUUCAAGCCAACAGUAGGCAGCUCGGCAACUCAUAAUUCUCGACCUGGAGGAAUUGCUUUAGGUGACAUCAAUCUGGAUGGUAGAUUGGACAUUAUUGUAGCUAAUUUUGGUACCGAUAACAUCGGAAUCUUGUUUGGCAAUGCGAAUCACACUUUUAAUGAUCCAAUAACGUAUUCAACUGGAGUAAAAUCAAGUCCAUCUGCAUUGGUUGUGAACUAUUUUAAUGACGAUGGUCUUCUUGACAUAAUUGUGAACAGAUAUGGUGGAAACAGUAUUGGCAUAUUUUUUGGUAAAUCAAACGGAACAUUUGCAGAUAUGUUAACUAUUUCCACUAUGAAAUCCCGACCAGUUUAUAUCGAAGCCGGGGAUUUUAAUAAUGAUAAUAGACUAGACAUAAUCGUGGUAAACUAUGGUACUAAUAGUAUAAGCAUCUAUCUCAAUGUUAACAAUGGAACAUUUUCAGAUGAAAUCAAUUAUUCGAUGGGAUACGAUUCUAUACCGUAUUCACUCGUCGUAGGUGAUUUUAAUCAGGAUAAAAACUUAGAUGUAGCCGUUGCAAACUAUGGUACCGAUAACAUUGCUGUUCUUUUGGGCGUCGGAAAUGGUAUGCUCUUUCCUCCGACAUUUUAUUCUACGAAGUACGGUUCGCAACCCGCUUCGGUUGCGAUAGGCGAUCUCAACAACGAUAAUAAACUUGAUUUGGUCGUUGCUAAUUCAGGUACGCACAGUAUAGGCAUAUUUUAUGGGCAUAAAGACGGAGUCUUUGAGCAACAGCAACUAGUUGAGCUCGAUGCUUCUGCUUCUAUACAAUUUGUUGCUACCAGUGACUUAAACAAAGAUAACUCUACAGAUAUUAUUAUGUUGGAUCCACUAAAUGGACAUAUUCAGGUAUUACCAGGUUACGGAAAUAGAUCGUUUUCGAAUAUCGCAACAUAUAUAACGAAUGGCAAUGAUUCUCCAUAUUCAGUGACGAUUGCCAAUUUAAAUCAAAACGAUCAGCCCGAUCUCGCAGUUACCAGUUUUACAACAAACAAAGUUCUAAUUCUAAUGGACUAUUUUUCCAGAUAUACUGUCACACAAAAGCCAUAUUCUGUAGGACGAAAUUCUCAUCCACCGUUCGUUGCACUAGGUGAUUUUAAUUCCGAUCAUCAAUUGGAUAUAGCAGUCGCCAAAUUAGGUACUGACAGUAUUGGCGUUGCAAUUGGAUAUGGGAACGGAAGUUUUUAUCCAGAAGUAACUUGCUCUUUGCCAACAGGAUCUUCUCCAACUUGCAUAUCUGUUGGCGAUCUCAAUGGUGACGGUCGACUGGAUCUCGUCGUUUCUAAUUACGGUAAACAUAACAUCGGUAUUCUGUAUGGAUAUGGAAAUGGAAGUUUUAGCAAUAUGACGGCGUAUCCAACCGGUGUUGAAGCGUUUCCCAUUGCGGUUACGAUCGGAGAUUUUAAUAAUGAUAGCAUCUUAGAUAUUGCAGCUGCAAAUUUUCGCAUCGAUAAUGUUGUUAUAUUUAUAGGUAAUAGAAACGGAACUUUUGCCAAUGCAGUUAGUUAUUCAACAAGUGUUGGUUCAGAUCCCAGUGCCAUUAUAACAGCUGAUUUUAAUCACGAUACGAUAUUAGACUUAGCUGUAGCGAAUUCUGGAAGAGGAAAUGUGGGUAUUUUAUUUGGAAUAGGUGAUGGUACCUUUAGCGCAGUAAUCACGUAUUCGACAGGAUUCCAGUCGCAUCCCGAUUCGAUCACUACUGGUUAUUUGAAUAAGGACUUGUGGUUAGAUAUUAUCGCUGCAGAUUCAACAUCGGACAACGUUAUUGUACUACUCGGACAUGACAAUGGAACAUUUGGAGCAGCGACAUCAUUUACAGAUAACUCAUUUUCGAAUCCGUCAGGUCUUGCUCUAGGAGAUGUUAAUUAUGAUAAUUAUCUUGAUAUUAUUGUGACUAAUUUUGGUAAUGAUAACGUUGGUAUUCUCGGUGGUGAUGGAAACGGUUCGUUUACUUUAAAUCGGUCAUAUCAGUUACUUACUGGUGCUGGGCCGAAGGGAAUCGUCAUCGGUGAUUUUAAUGGCAAUGGGCGAUGGGAUAUUAUCGUCGCUGAGUCUGGCAUUGGAGCUGUCAACUUGCUUGUGAGAUAUAUUGGGGCUGAUUUUCGAACGGAACUGACAUGUGCAACCGGCAGUGGAACACAUCCGUAUGGAAUUGCGGUUGGCUCGUUCAAUAACGAUAGUCGAUUAGAUAUCGUUGUUGCUAAUUCAGCAACUAAUACGGCUGGCAUAUUUUUUGGACGUGGCGAUGGAACAUUUGAACCACAGAUGACGUUCAAUGUCGGUGAAAAUGCUCAUCCUCAAAGUGUUUUCGUUGGUGACCUCGAUAAAGACAACAUAACCGAUAUUGCUACUGCCAAUACAAAUGGUGAUAGUAUAACCGUCUUAUUUGGAUUCGAAAAUACUAGUUUUGCCUCGACAGCAACGUAUCAACUAAGACCUGGCGGUGCACCGUAUGCACUAGCCGUCGCUGAUUUUAAUGAAGACAAUAUAUUGGAUAUUGUCACUGUUAAUAAAGGAACAGAAAAUAUUGCGAUAUUUUUCGGUUAUAAAUAUAUGACAUUUAAAAGCCAACAAACGUAUUCGGGUCAAUAUUCUCAAAGACCGUCAUCGAUGACCAUUCGUGAUUUAAAUGGUGAUACAUACUUAGAUAUUGCAACUACAUUUGCAGCGAGCGGUAGUGUUGGAAUCUUAUUUGGUAAUGGAAGUGGAACGUUUGGCGAAUUAACAAUGUAUUCAGUAGGUGUCAAUUCAUAUCCAUAUGAAUGUAUCGCCAUCGAUGUUAAUAAUGACAAUAAGACGGAUAUUGUUGUAGCGAAUGCCGGCUCAAAUACGAUAGGUGUUCUUCUGGGAUAUGGAAAUGGAUCGUUUGCUCCCGUACUAUUAUUUUCUACAGGUGAUGAUUCACAACCAUAUGGAGCUGCUGCGGGCGAUUUUAAUAAUGAUUAUAUAAUAGAUAUCGUUGUUGCAAAUUAUCGCAGUAAUAAUGUUGGUGUUUUGUUAGGACUUGGUAAUGGGUCAUUCAGUCCCGUCGUCACAUAUUCAACAAACGAUGGAUCUCGUCCACAGUCGGUAGCUGUCGGUGACUUUAAUAAUGACAGUCGUCUCGAUAUUGCUGUCGCUAAUUAUCGUCGAGAUAAUAUGGCGACGUUACUAGGAAAUGGUGAUGGUACUUUUCAAAAUGCUGUUUUCUAUUCUACUGGAUAUCUUUCUAUGCCAACAUUUAUCAAUGUUGAUGAUUAUAAUAACGAUAAAAUAUCCGAUGUUGCUGUUAGUAAUAAAAAUAACGACGCUAUUGGAAUUCUAUAUGGGUAUGGCAAUGGUACAUUUGCACCCGUAAUGGCGUAUUCGACUGGCGAAGGAUCAAGUCCCCAGAGUAUUCGUUCAGGUGACUUUGAUAAUGAUCAACGAACAGAUAUUGCUGUUACUUGUCCUGGAACAAACAGUAUGGUCGUCCUGUACGGAUUGGAUAACAAACGAUUGCUGUUAGGACCAUCAGUUUCAACUGGCUCUAAAUCCGGUCCCAUAUCAUUAGCUAUAGGUGAUCUUGAUAACAAUGGUCGACUGGAUGUUGCUACCGCGAAUUAUUUGAAUGAUAAUGUUGGUGUACACUUAAGCUAUGGCACAGGAAAUUUUGGUGGUAUAUCACGAUAUCCUUUCGCCACGGGCUCACUUCCAGUUGCUAUCGCUGUUAGUGAUUUUAAUAACGAUAAUCAUUCGGAUAUUGUCGUUAGUAAUUAUGGUACAGGUGAUAUAAACAUUAUUGAUGGUUAUGGUGAUGGAACGUUUGGUUCGUUGAUCAAAUAUUCUUUAUUGGAUGGUUCAACUCCAACAGCAGUCGCUGUCGGAGAUUUAAACCUUGAUAAUAAUUCGGAUAUUGUUGUCGUUGAUUCGGAAUUAAAUAACAUCUAUGUAUUUCUUGGAGAUGGUAACAGUACAUUCGUUCUACAAAUGAUCUACUCAGUUGGUUUAGGUUCUCUACUUCGCGGAGUGAAUAUUGCUGAUUUGAACAAUGAUCAUUUCUUAGACAUCAUUGCUGUUGCUGCUGGUACAAGUAAAGUUUUGCUCUUACAAGGUUACGGCAAUGGAACGUUUGGAAACGAAAUAUUCUAUGUUAUGGGUUAUGAAUAUGAUCCUUACGCGGUGGCUGUAGGGGAUUUUAAUCAAGAUCAUUGGCUAGAUAUUGCUGUAGCUAAUUAUGGAGGGGAUUACGUCGAAAUUUUAUUGCGUUCUUGUUAA